AGGCUGCGGGUUAGGGAAGUGGGCGCGUCAGUGAAACAAGCAAGAAAGUCAAGCUGUGGAUAGACUGUGGAGUUGCAGCGUCUACGGCAACGUAACGCAACCGGAACGAUGGUGCAGCAGACAGAGACUAGCGAGACAGAGAGCAUGUCUAGGGAGGCAACCGACACAGAGGAGAACGAAUUUAUGGCUUGCAGCCCCGUGCCGCUGAAUCCGGACUGGUGCAAAACGGCGACUGGCCACAUUAAGCGGCCAAUGAAUGCGUUCAUGGUUUGGUCUAAAAUCGAGAGGAGAAAGAUUAUGGAACAGUCCCCGGACAUGCACAACGCGGAGAUCUCCAAAAGACUGGGAAAGCGGUGGAAAAUGUUGAAAGAUAGCGAAAAGAUACCCUUCAUCAGGGAAGCCGAGAGGCUCCGGCUCAAACACAUGGCUGAUUAUCCGGACUACAAGUAUAGACCCAAGAAAAAACCAAAGCUGGACAGUUCUUCAAAACCAUCAGCGCCGUCACCGGAAAAACCCGGAGGAAAAAAUCCGAAAACACCCAAUAAAAAAUGCUCUAAAUUGAAGCCCAGCAAGGCGGGUGCCAAGUCAUCUCACGAGUACGGAGACGAUUGCGUGUUUCAAAACGUAAAGUGUAAGACUGUUAAGAGUGAACUCACGGAUGAAGAAGACGAUGACGAAUAUGAAGAGGAUUUUCGUAUACGGAUUAAACAGGAGGAUGAAGAGCCAACGAGGCCGUACAAUGUUGCAAAAGUCCCCGCCAGUCCAACUUUGAGUUCCUCUACUGAGUCGGAGGGUGCCAGCAUGUAUGAGGAGGUUCGGAACGCAGCGCCAAAUAGACUGUUUUACAAUUUCAAGAAUAUCACCAAGCAAAGCGCAACACACCCAGCUUCCGUUUCACCAGCAUCAUCCAGGUCCGUUUCCACUUCGUCCAGCGAAGACGCGGACGAUUUGCUUUUUGACUUCAGUUUAAACUUCACCCCCACUGCUCAAGGAUCCGAGCUGGGGAACCCGAAUUCAGGAAACCUCUCUCUCUCCCUAGUGGAUAAAGAUUUGGACUCUUUCAGCGAAGGCAGCCUGGGUUCUCAUUUUGAAUUUCCAGAUUACUGCACCCCGGAGCUCAGCGAAAUGAUAGCGGGGGACUGGCUGGAGGCGAACUUUUCUGACUUGGUGUUCACUUACUGAGUUAAAAAGAACCCCGGUAAUGACAGGGGAGGAAGAAAUUAAAUUAUAUGUCCUGUCCAUGUUGUUUCUAGCCCUGCCCCUUCUGUGGUUUAUCUUUGGGAUCGGGGGAGGAGGCGAAAUGAGGUUUGGGGAAUUAAAGAUGCUUUUGAGGCUGGCACUGUAGCAUAAAAAGUCUGCAGACGCUUUUCUGGCAGCAAGACAGGGUUUUAUGGAUUUUUCUGUAGGUCUACAAUUACUGUUCAACUAAAACGGACCGCAAAAGGGAAAAUCUGUGAACUUCUAUGCAUCUUACAUCCUCUUAAAAACUGCAGGGAGCUAAACACGUUGAGACUGUGGACUGAUUCAAAGCAAAUCUGUGAACCUACUCUGUUCAGGACGUUUCUUUUACAAUGUUUUUGUGAUUUAUAUAUGCCGUAAACAUUUCUUUUUAUAUAUAGAACCAAUUCAUUUUACCUCCCAGUUUGACAAUUUUAAGCAGCCUAAUCCUCUCGCGUGCAGGAGCGAGAGGAUACAUUUUGAUACAUGACAGACCUCAUCUUUUUAAAAGAAAAGUAAGAUAUUUUCAGGCAUAUUUUUGUACAGUCAAAAGGGAAUGUUCUUAUUGUGCUUUUAGUAAGGCUCAGGCGCUUGUUCCCGCUGUCAUUACUUUUAGCAUGCAAGGGGAGUCCUGCUCAAAGGAUUAAGUUCGAUUGCAAAACUUGCAUCAAAAUGCCUUGUGAUUUUAAGCUAGGUUUGUACAGUCGUAGAUCAGAUUCGUUGAGUAUUUGUAGGAGGAAAAAAAACAAUGGCAUUGUGGGAGAAGCAGAUUUCAGUGCCCGGUACUAGUUUGACGAUUGUAUAUGUACUGUAAUAUAGUAAAGUUAGGAGUUUAUGUAUAUCAUGCUCGUGGUAUGUGGAUGGAUCCCAAAUCGCAGGUGUGAAACUGGAUUAUUAUUAUUUUCUUUUUGUAUUUUUUAUGGCACAUACUGAUUCCCCAAAUCCCUCAUUUUUGUGCAAUAUAUACUCUUAAAAUACAGACCAUCUGCAUUUUUGUAGCAAAUGAUGGAGAAACAGACUCGAGCUCUGUCAACAUCAUUACCUGUCCUAAUGCGGAAGUCGGUAUCUUUACAAAAAUAAAGACAGAUAUCAGCUGGAACUGAUGCAAAAUGAAUAAAUAUGGCCAUGGGUGGUAGUGCGUGUCUUGCGGGGGAAAUAUAAUAAAUCUAGUCGUUGAUUACCGUACCCAAUUUGAUCACAAGACACGAUAUUUGGCAUCGUGAAGCAAAAUUGAAAAAAACAAAAACAAAACGUAAAAGUAUUUCUGUGCCGUAAUAGGCGAGGCAUGUGGGUGGUCUGGAAGUAAAACACAAGCAUUCCAUAUUGCAGUUUCAUAAAAUGGAACAUUUAUUUUAAACUUAAGACUGCCUUUUCUAAAACAUUAACCUUGUAUUUUUUGUUUGUUCCUUGCACUUAAUAGACAGAUUUUGUUUAUUUUUAUGUGGGUCCUUAAUAUGAAGUGUUUGAAUACAUGAUUUGGAAUACGACGUACGCUAACACCAAGGAUAAAACAUUAAAAGACACGUGGUAGUGGUUAUGUCCUAUUCCAAGUGUGCAUCUCUUUUUGACUCAUGUUUUAAUAAACUAUUAAUUACCA